AUGAACUUUGAUUCUAACUGUUCUUUAAACAAUUCAAAUAUUGAUUUCUUUGAAAUAUUUCAUAAUAGCAAAAGUUAAUUCAAUUAAACUAACUCAAAAUCGGAUUAAAUAGAGGAAUUAGAUCCUAAAGUAUAAAAUGAAACCAAAAAUAUUCCCAAAAACAUAGGAGUGUUGCUUAAAAAUUAUUUAAGUAAUGAAUUAAAUUAUUUUUUAUAGAAAAAAAUCAUCCAAAAUCAUCUGAAAAUAAUUCUUCUAUAAAAAAAUUUAUUCUAAAAGGUAUCUAAAAAAAAAACUACAUCCGUAAGGAUUUCAAAACUUUGUUUUAAAAUGAAGAAGCUAGAAAGAUAUGUUCAGAAUAUUUUUCAAGCUUUGAAUUAAUUCAAGAUGUGCUAUAGUCUAAAAAAAUUGGAAAUGUAGAAAUCGUGCUGAAAUAUAUUAAGAAAUUAUUUUUAGCUACACGUGAUCCUAAUACACUAUCUAUACUUAAAUACCAAAAAAAUUGA